GGCCUGUCAGAGACAGACUCUGAGUUUGACUUUCCAACGCUGUCGAACCAAGAGAGAAUGGCCUACCCCGUCGCCGUUCAGGAGAGGGUUCUCCGCCGGGACUACACGCAUGAAUGCGGAUCCUUUGCAAGCCAGGAGGCAGGAGGUGUUCAGGCAGCGCAAUAGAAAUCUGCUCAUGUACUCGACAGCCGUGAUCGUCGUUGCGGUUGGAGUCACCUACGCCGCUGUACCGCUAUAUCGCGCAUUCUGCGCUGCAACAGGCUUCGCCGGGACGCCACAAACAGGCUCAGUGGGCGAGGGCAAGUUCGAAGCGUCCCGGUUGGUGCCGGUCGAGGACGCGAAAAGGAUCCGAGUUCGAUUCAACGCCGACGCGUCGGAGCAGCUGCCGUGGUCUUUUAAGCCUCAACAAAAGUACGUCAGCGUACUCCCAGGAGAAACAUGCCUGGCGUUCUACACCGCGAAGAACAAGUCUGACCAGGAUAUCAUCGGGAUUGCGACGUACAACGUCACCCCUGACCGGAUCGCCCCCUAUUUCGCCAAGGUGGAAUGCUUCUGCUUCGAGGAGCAGAAGCUGCUGGCUGGAGAAGAGGUCGAUAUGCCGCUGCUCUUCUUCAUUGACAAGGAUGUCCUGGACGAUCCCGCUUGCAGGAAUGUUGACGAUGUGGUGUUGUCAUAUACCUUCUUCCGCGCGAGACGCAACGCGCACGGCCAGCUUGAACCAGACGCCGCAGACGACGUCGUGCAAGAAUCGCUUGGGUUCUCUCAGUACGAGCACGCGCCUAAGAAGGAAGAGCGAUGAUAUCUGGCUACCAUCAUCCAAGUACCAUCGAAAUAACUACCUGUAUGCUAAUGGCGUGGAUCAAAUAGACAUGCUUACAAUGUCAUUCCUC